AUGAGUCAUUCCUUGACUCUGAACUACGAGAAAUCUUUGAAUUUCGAGUCAUUUGGAGAUGGAGAACCUUGUGUUCUAGGUAUUGAUGAAGCCGGGCGAGGCCCAGUUUUGGGGCCAAUGGUGUAUGCUUGUGCUAUAUCUCCGUUGGCCAUGAAUAAGCAGUUCUUGGAGAUUGGUUUCAUGGAUUCUAAGACGUUGACUGAUAAGAAGCGUGCUGUUCUGUUUGAUAAAAUGAAAAGCGAUGCUAAUAAUAAGGUGAGGAAGUUGUUGUAGGCUUAACUUUUGUUAAUGGUCUUUGUUAUUUAACUUUGAAUUAAGUAUUAGUUUAUAUUAUAGUACGCAUUAUUAUUAUUUAUGGUUUUGCAGGUUUAGAAAUACGUUUGAAAUAUAUUGUUUUAGGUAGUCAGCUACUGUUUCGUCGAGAUCAGUGCAAGACAUUUGAGUAGUCGCAUGUUGUCUCGGUUUUCGAAACGAUCUCUGAACGAGAUUUCUCAUGAUAGUGCUGUUGCUUUGAUCAGACAAGCUUUGGAUUCUGGCAUAAACGUGACCGAAGUAAGUUACAUUGAACAAGGCAGUUUUAAAAUACAUUAAAUUGUUACGUUUAGUACUAUUAAGUAAGAUAGCGAAGCAUAAUUUAAAAAAAUAAAGUUAUGAUAAAGUCAAAAUGUUUACAUUUUAAUUUUAAUCUGUUCAUUUAGGUGUACGUGGAUACUGUAGGCCCAAAAGAUACCUACGAAGCCAAAUUGAAGAAGUUUUUCCCAAAACUUAAAAUUACAGUAUCCGAAAAAGCAGAUUCCCUGUUUCCUAUCGUUAGUGCAGCGUCCAUUGUGGCGAAAGUGACAAGAGAUACCCGACUCCAAGAGUUUGUUUUUGUCGAAAAUCAUCUGAACGAGAAGAAGGGGAUAUACGGUAGCGGGUAUCCAGGGGAUGCUGUUACUCAGAAGUAUCUGAUUGACAACAUCCAUCCCAUCUUUGGCUUCAAUUCAAUGGUCAGAUACAGCUGGAAACCUGCCAUUAAAGGAUUGAACAAGGCCGCUGUCAAGUGCACAUGGUAAGGUUUUGUGAUUCAAUAUUGUAAAUCGGUCUAAAUUUUCAAGAAUUGUUUGCAUAUAAAUCGUCUUUUUUGUACUGUACUUUCUAUAUCAUGCCUUAAUUUUAAGGGUAGACAACACGAAUCAGCAGAAGAUCUCGUCGUUCUUCCAAGUCAAAGCUGGUAACCGUGUCAUUCCACGAUGUAAAUACUUUAACGAUCGCAAACUAGAAUCGGCGGUAAACUUCUGA